CAGACACAGAGGAGUGGAGAGAAGAGACCAGACACAGAAAACUGGAGAGAAGAGACCAGACACAGAGGAGUGGAGAGAAGAGACCAGACACAGAGGAGUGGAGCGAAAAAGAGUAGGAAGACAGAGGAAGCCACCAAAAGAGGAAGAGACAAGAGGAACACCAGACCGGAUUCGCAGUGACUCAGGCUCUACACUGAAGACUUCUAGAUCCUGAACCUGUGUUAUCAAGGAGCCUCCGUCCUCCUCCCAGCCCCCUGUGUGUGUGUGUGUGUGUGUGUGUGUGUGUGUGUGUGUGUGUGUGUGUGUGUGUGUGUGUGUGUGUGUGUGUGUGUGUGUGUGUGUGUGUGUGUGUGUGUGUGUGUGUGUGUGUGUGUGUGUGUGUGUGUGUGUGUGUGUGUGUGUACCCCUUUCCCUCCUCGUCCCACCCACCAUCACGUCCACCAUGCUGUGGACUGUUCCCCUAGCUCUGCUGGUUCUCCUCUUACUGCAGACCCAGCUAUGUGUCUGUCUACGGGGGCUCCGAGCAGCCGGCUCUUCCUCCUCUCGCUCUCGUAAUGCCACCCAGCAGCGCCUGCCUGGAGCCGUCAUCAUCGGCGUGCGUAAAGGUGGCACCAGGGCCCUUCUAGAGAUGCUCAACCUCCAUCCGGACGUAGAGGUUGCCAAAGCUGAGGUGCACUACUUCAACGUGGAAGAGCACUUCCGGCGGGGGCUGGCGUGGUACCGUGCCCAGAUGCCAUUCACCCUGCCUGGACAGCUGACGGUGGAGAAGACCCCUGGAUACUUUGCCUCUCCCCACGUCCCAGUGCGGGUCUGGGAGAUGAAUCCUGCUGUCCGACUACUGCUGAUAGUCCGCGACCCCGCCGAGCGCCUCGUCUCCGACUAUACCCAGGUCCUUCAUAACCGUGUGACCCGCCACAAGCCCUACCAGCCUCUAGAGGAGUUGCUGCUCCGGCAGGGCCACAUCGACCCGGCCUACAAGGCUCUGCAGAGGAGCCUGUACCACCAGCACCUGGCCCGCUGGCUGGAUGUUUUCCCCAGGGAGCAGGUCCAUGUGGUGGAUGGAGAGGCCCUCAUCAGAAACCCCUUCCCGGAGCUCCGCAGGGCUGAGAGGUUCCUGGACCUUCCCCCACGCAUUGCUCCCUCCAACUUCUACUUCAACACCACUAAAGGGUUCUACUGCCUCCUCUCUGCCGGGGGACAUGACAAGUGUCUGGAUGAGUCCAAGGGGAGGCCCCACGCUCCUCUCAGCUCACAUGCCUUCAGGAAGCUGUGUGGAUACUUCAGAGAACCCAACAGGCUGUUCUUUGAGAUGGUGGGGCGCUCCUUCAGCUGGUGUUGAACUGAUUGGGACAGAGCACAGAGAGAGCAGAUAGAGAGGGUACAUUGGAGAUAUUGGCCCAUAAUAACAAUAUUUGUUAUCAGUGUGAUAAUUCUGUUGGCUUGCUUGGUUGAUUGAUGGCCCUGUGUGUGGCUCAGUUGGUAGAGCAUGAUGCUUACAAUGCCAAGAUUGUGGAUUCAAUUCCCACUGGGGUCUGGUAUGGAAAGAAAAUGCAUGCACUCACAACUGUAAUACGCUGUGGAUAAGAGUAUUUGCUAUAUGACUAAAAAUGAUUGGUUGGAUGUUUUAAUUUGUGUUUAUUGAUGGGUGAGUGGGUGGAUUAAUCAGUUUCAGGUAGAUGAGAGAUGUGAGGACUACUGCUGCACACAUAGGACUUUAGAGAUCUCUGUGUUUUAAAUGUACUGUCAAUGAGCUUCUGCAAGCCAGGCUGAAACCCUGGGAGUAAGCAGCAUCCCAAGCAAAGACUGUAUAAGAUGACAAGCCCUCAAUGAGGGACACACACAUGAUGUGCAUAUUCAAUAUGGCUGCUCCACCCAUCACAGAUUAGAACCAUGACUUGAAUACGAGACCAUUCUAGUGAUUCAAUGUUUAUGCUACUACCUGCUGGAGAACAUGAACUGAAGUGCCCGUUCUGUGAUACUGUAUACCUGGUGGUCCUAAUACGUCCUGAUCAUCACUCUUUCUGGUGCCUGUCACAUGAGCCUUUGCUUCCAGGAAUGAACACUGUCUGAUGCACAAACUGCCAUCAAAUCAAGUGUCAGAAAGGAACUACAAUAACCUGUGCCAUACAAUUGUAUCAUGAACAAUCAGGACACAUAUAUAACUCUUGAAAUACAAUAUCUGUAGCUCCUGCUUCGUACUUUUGACGUUCAUUAAAAUGAGUUCUAGAACAGACAUUUAGAAGAAACAGAUGAGUUCUACAACAGACAUUUAGAAGAAACAGAUUAGUUCUACAACAGACAUUUAGAAGAAACAGAUGAGUUCUACAACAGACAUUUAGAAGAAACAGAUGAGUUCUACAACAGACAUUUAGAAGAAACAGAUGAGUUCUACAACAGACAUUUAGAAGAAACAGAUGAGUUCUACAACAGACAUUUAGAAGAAACAGAUGAGUUCUACAACAGACAUUUAGAAGAAACAGAUGAGUUCUACAACAGACAUUUAGAAAAAACAGAUGAGUUCUACAACAGACAUUUAGAAGAAACAGAUGAGUUCUACAACAGACAUUUAGAAAAAACAGAUGAGUUCUACAACAGACAUUUAGAAGAAACAGAUGAGUUCUACAACAGACAUUUAGAAGAAACAGAUGAGUUCUACAACAGACAUUUAGAAGAAACAGAUGAGUUCUACAACAGCCAUUUAGAAGAAACAGAUGAGUUCUACAACAGACAUUUAGAAGAAACAGAUGAGUUCUACAACAGACAUUUAGAAGAAACAGAUGAGUUCUACAACAGACAUUUAGAAGAAACAGAUGAGUUCUACAACAGACAUUUAGAAGAAACAGAUGAGUUCUACAACAGACACUGUUAAAACCUUAAAAGGAUCGUCCCCUUUUUUUCCCCAAUUAUCAUUGAAAAUGACAUACCCAAAUCUAACUGCCUGUAGAUCAGGACUGUGAAGCAAGGAUAUGCAUAUUCUUAGUACCAUUUGAAUGGAAACACUUUGAAGUUUGUGUAAAUGUAAAAGGAAUGUAGGAGAA